AGAGAUGUCAGGCAUGAAUGCUGCUAUGGGAUCUGCUCGUGGUGAUCAACUGGAGGCAGGAUUUGCGAAGCUUCAAGGCGAAGACUUCAAGUACAUCAUGCAAUCUUAUGAAAUCAUCGUGGGACGCAAUUCCAAGAAAGGAAAGGUAGACUUAGAUCUCAACUCCGUUGGCGGAGAUAGGGAUGUUUCCCGCCGCCAUGCACGCAUCUUCUAUGAUUUUCAACACCGCUCGUUUGCCCUUGAGGUUCUGGGCCAACAUGGAUGCUAUGUUCAGAGGGUCCUUCACCGCCCAGGUGAUGAUCCCGUUAAACUGAAGUCCCAGGAUCUCAUUCAGAUCGGACAAACACAAAGACUGUUUACGGUGCCAAUCAAGAUGUCUUCUGCUGAACUGAAGAUCGGGCCUAUCAACGUUGAACGUGCCAAAAAAUUAGAAACUAGAAUGGCAGACAAGGAUGUAGACAAUAUGCUGGAGUAUCAUCUUGCCUCAUGUGUUGCAAUAAUGGUAUCAAUCCAUUGUGAUGCUAGUGGUAGACAAUGGAUGCCUGUGGAACAACUCCAUGCAGAGCUUACUGGAAAGUUCACUGCGAUAUGGCCCUAUGGCAAUGCCCAACAGUACCUGGCACCAGAGGAUGGAUCAUCAACCAGAACAGCAGAGAGGCCAUGGCACAGGCUGUUGGAGCUGCUCAAGAAUCACCCGGAGAGGUUUAUCAUGAGUUCAAUCUCCAGAGGCACAAUAACAUUAGAGUUCGUUUCGCUGGUCAGCUUGGCUGAUAAGUUUUGCUGCCCUGAGGUUGAUCAGGUCACUGCCAGGUUCGUGUCCAAAAAAUAAAAAUGGAGAUUUAUCUUUG